GCAGGGGGCGAGCAGCAGGACCCGGAUGCUGGCGGGCUAUGGAGUUCCCUUUCGAUGUGGACGCGCUGCUCGGGGAGCGGGUCACGGCGGUGGACCAGCACCUCCAGCCGCCGGGCCGCAGGGGGCCCGGCUACACCGCGGCCCAUAGGGUGGAUCUGCAGCAGCAGCUCAUGACCAUCAUAGACGAGAUGGGCAAGGCCUCAGCCAAGGCCCAGAACCUGCCGGCCCCAAUCACCAGCGCCUCGCGGAUGCAGACAAACCACCACGUUCUCUACAUCCUGAAGGACAAUGAAGUGAAGACAGCGGGGAAAGGGGCCAUAAUCGGCUUCCUCAAGGUCGGCUACAAGAAGCUGUUCCUGCUGGAUCGCCAUGGGGUUCACAAUGAGGUGGAGCCGCUGUGCGUCCUGGACUUCUAUAUCCACGAGUCACUGCAGAGGCAUGGCUACGGCAAGGAGCUCUUCCAGUGUAUGAUGCAGCGCGAGCGAGUGCAGCCCCACCAGCUGGCUGUGGACCGCCCCUCGGAGAAACUCCUCUGCUUCCUCCGCAAGCACUACAACCUGCAGGGGACCAUCCCCCAGGUGAACAACUUUGUGAUCUUCGAGGGUUUCUUUGCCGACCAGCAUGCUCCAGUGAGGAAGUUGCCUCCAAAACGUGCUGAGGAGGAGAUAAAACCCUACUCUCUAACAGACCGAGAGUUCCUGAAGGAGGAGGUGGAGCCACCCUGGCCCUUCAACCAGUCGCAUUCGCUGACCCGCUCCAGCAGCCUGGGGAACUCACCAGUUCGCACCUGCCUCAAGCCCUUCCUCAACGAGCAGGAGCUGCUGCGGAACCUGCGCCUCUGCCCCCCGCACGUGGCCGCCCACCAGCUGCUCAACGGCGCGGAGGGCGGGCCGGCCGCCCGGAGGCGGAGAACCAGCUCCCUCACCCGCUCGGAAAACACCAGCCAUUGACAUCGCCGCUGUGUCCCCCACCCCCGCCCUGGCUUGGUCGUCCAUUUGUGUCUUGAGAUGUUGGCGAGGGGGGGGGGGGUUUCAGCCCCAUCGCUCCUCCUCAGCCCUUUUUUAUAUUCUGGGGGGGGGGGCUGGCGCAGACGCCGGGUUAUUUCCAGGGCUCAAUGGGUGUUUUUCCUGGGCUGCUUGUUUUUCUAUGGAAUGAUCCUAAAGCACCCUUUGAAGAGGGGUCCGGUCCCAAUAGCACGGUAGCUCCCCCCUGCCCCCUUAUUUUAAAAUAUGCCUAUGUUGUACUUUGGAUCCAGUGGGAAAUCUGAUUCUGAUCGUCCCUCCUGUGCCAGAUCUCGAAAUGGGAUCUGCUGCUUGGUGACAGAUCAGAUCCUCUCCCGUGUGUUUGUCUGUAGGUGGAUUAGGAAAGGAUCCACUGCAAAUUGGCAACUGCAGACUCAGAAAUAGGACCCCCUUGUUUGUCUUGGGAUCUAACUGGAUCCACUAUAGAUUGCCAGUGGAUUCAAACUAGAUCUCCUCAAUCCACUCUAGAAGCAGGUCCCCUUGCAGGUCACCAAUGGCUUACUUAAGGAUAGAAUCCAUGUGUGUUCCUUAGUGGGUGGAUCUAAAAGUGAUCCACUAAUUUGCUGACUUAAGAAGGGGAUCCCUUAAUUUUUCUGAGUGGUGGGAUCUAAAAGGGAUCACCAAAUGCUAACCUCAUCAUCAGAAAUAGGAUCCCCUUGUGUUUCUCAAUGGAUCUAAGUGGGAUCCAGUGUGGGUGGAGUCUAGAGCAAGGUGCCCCUUGUGGUUCAUGUUUGCUGGAUUUAAAGGGUCUACUGCUGAUCACCAAUUACCAGUUAUGUUUCUUAAUUGGUGGAUCUAAAAGGGAUCUGCUGCAGGUCACCAUUUCCUAGUUUUAAAAUGAGAUCCCAUGUGAUUUGCAGUCAGUGGAUUUAAAAAGAUCCACACUUGCCCACCGACAUAAGACUGAAAUAAAGUCCCUUUGUUCUUGGGUGGUUGCUGGAUCUAAAAGGGAUCUGCUGCCGAUUACCAGUUGCUGGGUUCAAAAUAUGUCUCCUUCCUUGUUUCCCAGUGGCUAGAUCUAAAAGAGAUCCAGUGCAGAUCACCAGUAGCUGACUCCAGAUUAAGAUCUGCUUCUGUAUUCUCUUGAGUGGGUUAGAAAGGGAUGUGCUUCAUGCUGCCAACCACUGAAACCAAACUAAGAUUCUUUGAUUGGUGGAUCUGAAAAGGGGCCCACCUUAGCAACACCCAAGACCGACAGGCUCUUGCGUCCUCCAAAGAUGAUCCGCUACAUGUUGCCAAUUGUGACAUCCAACAAAUAGAGCCCGCCCCCAGCUUCUUGAUUGGCUGGGUUGCCACAUGACACCAUUACAAAUGCCUCCUAAAAAGAUUGUCUACAAAUUGCCAGUGGCUAGAGCCUCAAGAGGGAUCCACUGUCUACUGCCAGAUCCCUCUGAGGGGUCCCUUCAGCUGACAGAUCCAUGGUAGGGAUCUACGGAGGAUGUGGCCAGUAGCCAGAUGCCCCCCAAAGGGAACCGCUGUUAAUGACUUCUCAGUUAUUUUUGCUCCAGUUCCCCUGAAGGCAUCACAGCUGUUCAUAGGAUUAGAGUAGGGGGGCUUGAGAGCCAGGACUCCUCAGUUCUAUCCCGUUUUGAGAGCAGAGGAGGGGCCUAGUGUGUUACAACAGGGGAGCUGGGAGUAAGGGAUCUUGGGUUCUAUCCCCAGCUCUGGGAGGGCAGUGGGUCUUCGUGGUUAAAGCAGGAAGGCUGGGAGUAGAGAGCCCUGCCUCAGUU